ACAACUAAACUAUCGCACUCUCGGCACUCUGCUGGCAGAAAAGAGAGAGUGUCUAAAGUCUAAACGUUGACAUGACAAGAUACUUCGGCAAUUUCCUAAUUUUUUUAGGAUAAAGAUACGAAUACGGCAGCGAUAUGGGUGCAUCAGCAAGUCGUUAUGACGAUUUAUCGAGAAAUGUUUGUUUGGAGAGUUUUUGUGCUAAAGAAUCAAUAGCCCCAGAUGAUUCCUUUUGGAAUCGCUUUCUCUCCUUCAACAUGCGACCCCCAGUGACUCGAAAUGAUCAAAUUGAAUUGGAUUCCCGAUUGGAUGGAAUGUGUCAAAAAUUAUUGACGAAUAAUUUAACAUCGGGUAAUUUUGCUGCUCUAAUCCAAGUAACAUUAAUGAGGACAAGUGAACUAUUAGCAUCAGUCACCAACCAAAAUAUAAUGUCAGCCUGGCAGACGUACAAUGCAUUAUUUGCAGUAAGAUGUAUUCUUAAAUAUCUGGUUGAAACUGUUGGAGAAAUGGAAAUGAUAAAACAUGCUGAAAGUGUUGGAAACAUCACGAGUGGAGAAACCAACAAAACUCCAAUAUUGAAACUUGAGUCGCUAUUUGAGGCCCUCAUUGAGAUAAUAAUUGAUGUUCCACUUUGUGAAUUUACCUAUGUUGUACAUCUAGAAGCUGUCAAUUGUCUUCUUGUACUACUAUCAGUUCAAUUAUUUUCUCAAACUUCUGCUGAGUACAGUACUGUUUACAGAAUUAUUAUGAACCACGAGGCUAGCAUGCAUGCUCCUGUUGUUGUUUGUACUCUACUGCAUAAUUUUGCACAACAGGAACAUGCGCCACCUGGCCUCUUGUCAAGAGAAGCCGGAGGAAGUAUUGUUUUCAAUAUUGCAGCUGGAUUAUGGAAUGUCAUUACUAUGGGCAUGGGCAACACUUUGAAAAAUAUUCAAGUAUCAAGCAAUAAUGGUGCUACUGAGGAUGAAGAUAAAAAACGAGACACACAAACACCAUUAGCUAGUCAAUCAUUGUUACUCCUAUUAGUCCUCACAAAUCACUGCACUACAGCACAUAAUCCAUACAGAGACGCUCUAUUCUCCUUCAAUAAUAAUAUUCAAGAUGAUCAGACAAUUAUGCCAACAAAGGCUGUCAUACCAUUUAGAUUUAAUUUUGAUAAAUUGUACAAUACAAUAUGCAAAGUAUCCAAUAGUGAUGAAGUUACUCUACUAUUGUACAUGCUUUUGCAUAGAAAUCCUAGUAUCAAAGGGCACAUUAUCAAGCGCACAGACAUUCAGCUUUUGGUGACUCCAAUUUUACAAAUUCUCUAUCAUGCGCCUGACAAUACAUCACAUCACAUUUAUAUGUCACUCAUUAUACUUUUAAUACUCAGUGAGGAUGACUCGUUCAAUAAGAGAGUUCACGAAAUUAUGUUAAAAGGUGUGACGUGGUAUACAGAGAGAUGCAUCAGCGAAAUUUCGCUUGGAGGCCUUCUGAUUCUCGUGGUUAUUCGAACGAUCCAAUACAAUAUGUUGAAAAUGAGAGAUAAAUAUCUGCACACAAAUUGCUUGGCAGCAUUAGCAAAUAUGUCAGCGCAAUUUUCAUCUCUUCAUCCGUAUGUCAGCCAAAGACUGUUGAGUUUAUUUGAAACACUUGCGAGAAAACAUGCAAGAUUAGAAGUUAAAAUACAAAGUCAAACUCAUUCUGAGGCGGCUGUCAUCAAUGUUAAUGGAGGUGUUAAUGCUAAUUCUGAUCUAAUUCAAGAUCUUACUAUACUUGAAGAAGUACUCAGAAUGCUACUUGAAAUUAUCAACAGUUGUUUGACACAUCGACUCCCACACAAUCCCAAUUUAGUUUACACUCUGUUGUAUAAAAAAGAUAUAUUUCAAUCAUUUAGGACACAUUCUGCCUUUCAGGAUAUCAUUCAAAAUAUUUAUUCAGUUAUCAAUUUUUUUUCCUAUAAAUUGGAACAGACUGAUCAAUCCCAAAUCGGCGUAAGUCAAGUAUUAGCUGCGAUAAAACAGGGUACAAUGCAGUGGCCCAAGGAUCGAUUGAGAAAAUUUCCAGAAUUAAAGUUCAGAUAUGUGGAGGAAGAACAGCCAGAAGAAUUUUUUAUACCAUACGUUUGGAGUGUAGUAUGCCAGGGAGCUUUAUUGUACUGGAGUGCAAAGAAUAUCAAAUUGUUUUCAUUGAAUGGUGGAGAACAAACGACAAUUGUCGUUUGCUGAUGUUGACAUGAGCAUCCGUUCAUUCCGCCAAAUCAACUCAAAACAAUGAUUAACAGAGGAAGAGAAAUUAUUAAUUCAUUGCUUUCAAUCAUGAUAAUUUCUCCGUCAAAUUUGCUUAUCGUUUGGUUAUUUUAAAAGAUCAACAAUUUAAAUUAUUCAUUGUUUUGUCAAUUAUAAGUAUGUAAAUAAAAAGUUUUUUUGUCGUCAA